GGUCACGUACUAAUACUUUUUAUAAACUGUUGUCUUAUUUGACAUUUCGUUAGCUGAUUGAUAAAUGCCAUGCAUAAAUAACAAGUCACAUGGCACCUAAACCGCGUCAACGUAAUGUAGUUCUUUUAAAAAAAGAUUCUAAACGUAACAAUGGGAAAAAACAGCAGAAAUUUGAAGAUGUUGCUGUAGUAGACAAUGUUAGGCUUCUUUAUCUUGACGGAGACUCUGCUUUUAAAUUAUUAUUAUUAGCUAGAUUUUGCUCUGCAAUUUGGAGUCAUAUAACAGACUGCGAUGAAACAUUUAAUUUUUGGGAACCGAGUCAUUUUCUGCUCUAUAGAAGUGGUCAACAAACUUGGGAAUAUAGUCCGGAAUUUGCGUUGCGAUCUUAUACAUACUUGUUAUUGCACAUGGUACCCGCUAAGAUAUAUUGUUAUUUAUUAGAACCAAAUCCAAUUCACGUGUUUUACUUUGUACGCUGUUUGCUUUCAGUAGGUUGUGCUCUAGCAGAGGUUUAUUUUUAUAAGAAUGUUUCUCACGAAUUUGGUAUACAUAUUGCAAGACUGACGCUAGCUUUCCUCAUACUUAGUACUGGAAUGUUUAUUUCUAGUACUGCAUUUUUACCCUCAUCGUUUUCAAUGUAUUUAAGUACAGUUGGAAUAGCUGCUUGGUAUGGGCGUAAAUAUGAAUUUGCUAUCUUUGCAACAGCGAUUUCUUCUUUACUUGGCUGGCCAUUUGCAGCAUUACUUGGUGUACCUAUUGCCGUCGAAAUGCUGUUUCAUAGAAAAGAUUGGCUCAAGUUUUUCAAAUGGGUCGCCAUAUCAGGAAUCGUUAUUCUGAUACCAAUGAUUUGUAUAGAUUCAAUGUACUAUGGAAAAUUAGUUAUUGCACCAUUAAAUAUUCUUAUGUACAAUAUUUUUUCUUCUCAAGGACCAAACCUUUAUGGAACCGAACCUUUUAGUUUCUACAUAGUAAAUGGAUUUUUGAACUUUAAUUUUAUAUUUAUAGGCUCCCUACUUACACCCCUAUUUUUAUUUUUGAAUUGGAGUUUUGUUCCAGCUAAACCCAGACGUUCCUUGUGCUUACCUUAUUGGUAUUCUCUAGCUCCUUUAUAUUUAUGGAUAUGUGUUUUCUUUUUUCAACCACAUAAGGAAGAACGUUUUCUAUUUCCCGUAUAUCCUCUUAUAUGCUUGAACGGAGCUAUAACUGUCGAUGUGAUUCAAAAAUUAUACUUUUUAAUUAAAACUAAAAUUUGGAAUUAUAAACCACUUUCAAAGCAUUACUUACUGAAUACAACUCAUAUCAUGGUUUCUGUUAUUGUUAUAUGUGGAUUUUUUGGAUUGUCUAGAAUUUUCACCUUAUAUAAAGGUUACCACGCACCUAUUGAAGUCAUGACAGAGGCAAAUAAAUUAGGUAUUAGUGGUAAAAUACCAACAGAUAUUAAUAUAAAUUUUUGCAUUGGAAAAGAAUGGCACAGAUUUCCAAACAGCUUUUUCUUUCCCUCAAACAAUUGGAAAUUGAAAUAUCUGAAGUCAGAAUUUAAAGGACAAUUGCCUCAAGAAUUUUCACAUCAAGAAAAUGCUACUAGUAUAAUACCAUCAAAUUUUAAUUUUAUGAAUGCAGAAGAACCCUCGCGAUAUUUCGAUAUCGAAAAGUGUCAUUUUAUAUUAGAUUUAGAUAUUGGUAGGCAAACAAUACUUGAGCCAAAUUAUUCACGUCAACCUAAUCGUUUUACUAUAUUAAAGUCUUCAAAAUAUUUGGAUGCAUCUAACUCACAUCCAUUAUUUCGGGCCUUUUACUUUCCUUUUGCAUCGAGCAAAUUUUGCUCCUAUGGAUCCUAUAAUUUAUUACAAAGUACAAAAUAUAAACUAUCACCAAUUGAACAUAAACCAUCCAUGAGUUAAACCUUAAUUUUAUUUGUAAUAUUUAAUGUUUUGUAAAA